GGUGCACCCUACAGCCAACGCAAUCAUGGGCGCCGGAUCGAGUCACGGCGAACUGGCCGACAACGACUGUCUGCUGCGGUUGGCCGGCGAGCUGGAGAUCACGAUAGACGACCCGUUCUGGGACACGUUCCUAACCUUCUCGUUAAACCCUCCAACCUGUAGUCAAGACGACAAGAUGUUGACCGAUCGCCUUAAGAGCAUCUGCGAAUCGCUGGUUGUUAACAACAGAAAUACUUCCAAUUUCAAGACGUUAAUCAGACUGCUGUUGGAUAAAGCCGAUUUCCAAAAGCUAGAAGCUGAAGAAAACAAUAUUCUACGGUGGCAAGUGUUCAAUGGAUUGUUUAUAGCUAGGUAUUUCCUAAAAUAUCUUGUUCAAAACUCUAAAGAAAUCGAGAUUAUCAAUCAAUUCGAGUUACAAACCGAUGGAAUCGAAGUAGCAUUAGGUGAUCGGAAAGAGUAUGCUGUUCCAGAAGAUUUAAAUGAAACGACAUCAUUCAAGUUUAUAUCACUUUUAGUUAAGAUUGUUUCUGAAUUAAAAGUAACGGAUUCUACUUAUUCAAUUCACAUAGAGAGUUUAAAUUGUAUUAUAGUUAUUUUGUCUAUUCAAAUGUAUACCAUUCAACCGUCUAGUAGUCUUAUCAUAUAUAGAAUAUUCAUGGAAAAUAUUGAUGCUGUAAAAUUGUCAAAAGCAUUAUUACAAAGGUAUACAGAGCAAAUUAAGCCACCCGUAUUGUCAGGAGGUGGCAUUUUCUAUGGAUUAGCUUCAAACUUAUGGAAUAUACUGACACUGAGUACUAAUGUCCCUGUCCAAACAAAUCAGAGUCCAUUAAGUUCAUUGUCAAUCAGUGUGUUGUUAAUAUUAAUUAAUCACUGCACAUCACCACCUCCUCCAAAAGGAAAUCCAUAUCGUACCUGUAUUUCUUCGCUAUCAGAUAAUCUUGUAGUUAUAUAUCAAUUUUUGGGUGAUAAUCCAGAUGCUCCAUUAAGCGAAGAAAAGACUUUAUUAUUGUACCAUUUGAUACAUUGUAACCCUAGUUUUAAAUCAUUUCUUUUGGCUCGUACUGAUAUUGAAGUAGUGUUGAUUCCACUUUUGAGAACAAUUUACAAUACACAGAGUAGUCGAUUUCAACAUAUGUACAUGGCCCUUAUUGUACUGCUGAUACUGACUGAAGAUCAACUCUUCAACAAAACCGUCCAUAGUAUUUUACUAAAAGGUGCUACUUGGUAUCAAGAAAGAGUGGUAUCCGAAAUUUCUCUGGGAGGUCUUAUUAUUUUGGUCACUACAAGAACAGCUCAAUAUAAUUUGCUGAAAAUGAGAGAUAAAUACUUACACAUUAAUUGUUUUGCUGCAUUAGCAAACAUGUCAUCACAAUUCAAUCAGUUGCAUCCGUAUGUUUGUCAAAGAAUGUUGAGUCUAUAUGAGGUGCUAUCAAAAACGUUUUUGAGAAGUCCAAACCAAGAUAUGAGUGCCAUUGAUGAAGCAUUGCGUAUAGUUUUAGAAGUGAUAAAUUCAUGUUUAUCAAAUCAAUUGAUACACAACCCCAAUUUAGUGUAUGCUCUUCUCUACCAACGCAAGGUGUUUGAACCACUGAAGAGCCAUGAAGCAUUCCAUGACGUCAUCCAGAACAUAGAUAUGGUUAUAACAUUCUUUUCGGCAAAACUCGAACGUGAAGAAGAAUUAUUAAAUUCAUCUGAUGUAAAUACUAUGUUGUCUCGAGUGCAACAUUGGUCCCUUCAAUGGCCCAGAGAUCUUAUGAAGAAAUUCCCAGAUCUUAAAUUCAAAUAUGUGGAGGAAGAGAAACCUGAAGAAUUUUUUGGUCCAUAUGUUUGGUCAUUGGUGAACAUAUUAUCUGGUAUUAAUUUUGAAUCAACUCUCUAUAAAUUAAAUUAAUUGACAAUAAUGUAAAUCUUAA